AUAAUAAUUUCACAAAUGGCUGAUAAGAGACAACAAGAUCUGAAUCAUCUUCGUGAGAUAACUGAAUUUCCUGAGAAAAUCAUCGUUGAUUCAUAUGAUUCCAACGGUCAAGAUCUCCAUAAGACAGCAAAUACUCUUUUAGGACUAAGCCAGAAUUCAAGUGACCAAGAUGUUGAUGCCGGUGAAGAAUCAAAGCAAGAAAAUAAUAUUAAAAUAAUCCAAGUUGAAAAUCCCCAAGCUGAAAGAAAAGAAGAAUCAGCAGCUGAAAAUGGAAAUCAGGGUCAAGAUUGGAAGGGACUAGCAGAUUGGUGAAGAGAUAAGAGGAAUUCUCCCCAGAAAGAACCCCUUCAAGAAGAAUCAAAUCAUAAAGGAUUAACGACUUGAGGACUUGUCAAUUUUGGAAAUAACUGAUAUUUCAAUUCCUCUAUUCAAGUACUCUUUCACAUCCCAGAAUUCACUGAGAUCAUCAUGAGUGUAUUCCCACAGCCAGUUAUGUCAGUGAAAAACGGCUGAAAUACUAAAAUUCUCCAAAAAUCUCAAGUAGUAACAAAUACCCAAGCCCAAGAAGCACAACUCCAAAACACCCUACCUGCUUCAGAAGCAAUCAUAAGCAACACAACUGGGGAAGAUAGCACCACUGAAGGUGUAAAGAAGGAAGACCAGCAGGAUGAUACCUUUAAGUCCAAAUUCAGACUCCUUGAAAGCCUGCAGAUCUUAUUUACAAAGAUGAUAAAGUCUUCCAUGCCAUUCCAGAAUGCUAAAGAGGUCUUAGAUAUUGUAUGGGAUGCUAAAAAUGAUCAGAAUAAUAGAAAAGGCGACCAAAUGGACUCAACAGAGUUCUGUUAUGAACUCCUCAACCAACUUUUAGAAUCAUUUAAGCCACUUGAAAAUAACCUUGGCUCGAAUGAAGAUAGAAAGGGACAGAAUGAUAACUCUUGAGGAGAUUUUAAGAAGAAAGCCACAAGUUUUCUCUCGUGUCUGAUAUCCAAGCAGACUAAAGUGGAGACAAAUAGCCUUUCUGAUCCAUUAGAUAAGUUUGAUGAUAAGAUCAUCACUGAAAUAAAUCAGUCAUUAGCAGCAGCUAAGGAACGGCUCCAAUCUCUGUUCUAUGGCGAAUGGAAGCCUUCUAUUUUUCAUGGAGACAACAAUGAGUACUGAUCUGAAAUAGACCCUGAGAAGUUUGCCUCAAUCCCACUUCUACCAAAAUAUGGAGAUCUUUACUCUGCCUGGGAUGCUACUUUUAAUGAAGAGAUAUCUAAAUACACUCCUAAUGGCACAGAUGAGGAAGUCAAAGCUCUGAAGAAAUAUGCUAUUACUAAGCUUCCAAAGGUGUUAGUCUUCACCAUCAACAGAGCUGAAAUCGAUAAAAAUGGAAAUCAGUGCAAAAAUAACUGAAGGUUCGAUUUUGAUGAUGUGAUAUAUCCUGAAAAAUAUCUAGAAACCAGCAUUGAACAAAUCAAAGCGAUCGAAGGAAGGAUGAAAGGCUAUUUUGAACGUGCACAAUUUCUACAAAUCAAAAUUUCAAACUUCACAGGUGAAUAUAGUGAACAAAACCCUAUAAUCCCGAUCUUAACUAGAUGAACUGAGCUUCUACAAUCUUCGACUACCCCAAACAAUUCCAUCAACCCUUAUCCUGAUAUCAAUGUUUAUUAUCCAGAAGAUACCUUCAAGAAUAGAGAAACUCCACUGACUUCUGAAAAGGCCGAUGAAAUUAUAAAUUACUUUAUGAUUGCAAAGGAGAAAAUUAAGUGGCAGAUCACUCAUAUGCAGAGCCAAUUGACUGAAAUUCUGAAAGAAAUCAAGAGAGCCUACAGAGAAAUUGAUGCGACUCCUUACUACUUGCACUCCAUGAUCAUUCACAACGGAGGCACUAAGUUCGGGCACUACUAUGCCUUUGUCAAAGACCAUGACUCGAAUGUGUACUAUAAGCUCAAUGAUGAGGAUGUCCGAGUCAUGGACUCCAGUAACGCUAAGGAAGAAGUUGAGCGAAGUAGCAAAGGAGGAAGCGGAGCUGAGAGCGCAUCCUGUUUGGUUUAUGUUAAUCAAGGGAUCCAUGAUAGGUUGGUGCAGAGUUCACUCAAUUCAAAUGCUCCAGGAGUGAAUGAGCUGUUUAAUUCACUGGUGCCUCAAGAAGUUGCUGAAAGUAUUAUUCAGAAUGAAAAAUCUCAGGCUGAAAAAUAGUGCUUCCAAAAUUAUUGAUCUUUAUAACAGAAGACGCAAGAUUGUUGACAAUUUUCACCAAAAUUGAGGGAGCCUCAAUGAAAGUUUAUCUUUGUCAAUAUUCUCAAGUUUUAGAAAUAAAGAUAAAGGUGAUGAUCCUGACUACUCUCACUUAGCAAAGUGGUUGCUCUUCAAUCAAUGAUAUCAAGAAAUAACAAACAAAGAUGGAUAUCAGGUGCCUUUAGAAAGAAUGAGCCCACUAAGAAAGAAGCUAGAAGAGCUGAUAUCAUCAGAUAAAGACUACUUUCCAAAUAGCUUGACUCUCAUCAAAAAUGAGCGAGACAAAAUUCUCCAGACUGUAGAGAAUUAUAAGGAGUCAACCAUCACAGCCAAUAUUGAAUACAAAGUUUGUCAGGAUAUCUUGAACCAUCGCCCAGAUUUAGCUUUCCAAAAGAUAAUCAAGAGGCUCCAUGAACUAAAGGAUGUCACACAGAUGGCUUGUCUCUACCGCCUCGGUGAAAUAUGUAUGCUCAAAACGACUAUGAUGAUUAAUCGUGCUAUCAUAACGAAGGAAUCUUUUGAAGAAGUCAUUGAGCCACUACUAUUUUCACUGAUCCAAGCUUUUCAUACUGUUUACACUAAUAAAAAUAGUCUCUUCUACAAGCAGGUUAUCGAUAACCUAGAUGCUACUCUGAUCAUAGCGAAGGCAAAGCUUGAAUGCAAUGCAGAGAAGUUUGGUAACAUUUUGGGAGUGCUCGAGGCCAAACGCUUUGACAUGGUUAAAAUCUCCCAGAUUCUACUUCCACAAUAUGGGAAAGAUUUAGAGACUACCAUUACUUCUGUCCAAAACACCAACUUUAUCACCGAGUGGGAUGCUUCGUUCCUGACUGAUAACAUACAGUUUAUGCUUAAAAAACUGCUGGAUGAACUUAAAAUCAAGGAAAGUGUACUCUAUGAAAUCCACAGAAGAUUAAUCAAAGGUGAAGAAGGAGUACUACUACCUGAAGAUUACUUAGAGAUGGAAAAGAAAUGAGGCAUUGAUCUUGUGAAGUUCUGAGAAUAAAUUAUUCAAUAAAGAAAACGUUUAUAAAUGAGUACCACUUGGCUACCCUUGAAUC